AGCGAGAGGGGGGAGGGGGCACGUGUGUGAUGAUGUUCGGAGUGACGACAUCACGGACCCAUAGCAGAAGAUCAGUAGAGCAGCCUGUUACCGAGUCCAAACAGCAGCAAACUGAGACAGAGAGCCCACUACAGCGCCAGUGCUUGCCGAUACUGGGUUACUGAGUCCAGCUUCGCGAUGCUUCAGUUCGGCGGCAGGGUGUGCGGUGCCCCCGUUCUCGUCUCGCUGAUUCUGGUGGGGUUGGCGGCCGCCUCUUCUGAUCUGUUUGACAACCAGCUAGGCGACAUCAAUUACUGCAAAAAGCAAUGCCAGAUCACCGUCAAAAACAAAAGCACCGCUAAAGACUCCAUACUGAACGCCUGUCACCGUGGCUGCCGUCUCUUCUCAAUCUGCCAGUUUGUGAAUGGCAAUGCCGGUUUCAACACCAGCAGGGAGGAGUGUCAAGGAGCGUGCCAGGAGGCGUACAGCAGGCCGGCGGAGCAGGAGGCCUGCAGCACGGGCUGCGGGAGCCAGCCCACUGAGUCCGAGAGCAAGAGGAGGAGGCUGAAAGCCAUGGCCCACCGAUCCCGCCCCGUCUCCGUCAUGGACACUGUGUCCAGCUGGUGCAACGACAUUGUCAGCUCUGCCCAGAGCUUCAUCUCCUCCACCUGGACCUUCUACCUUCAGGCUGACGAUGGCAAAGUGGUUGUGUUCCAGAGCCAGCCGGAGAUUGAAUAUUCUUUGCCUGAGCUGCAAGCCCCCCGGUCUGAUGUGGCAGACAAGCCUUGGCCACCAGUCAGCUCCCACACCCAAAGACCCCACACUGGUGUGAGACAGCGCGGGGAGAAGGGUGCCGCCAGGGCAGGGAGCAAAGGGAAACAUGCAGGGCAACACACGGACGACCCAACCGCUGAGCAUGACUUCCUGGGCUGCAUGUCACGGCGCUCUGGACUGCCUCGCUGGAUUCUGGCUGCCUGUCUCUUCCUGUCCAUCAUGGUGAUGCUGUGGCUGAGCUGUGCCAGCCUGGUCACCGCGCCCGACCAGCACAUUAAAACACAGCUGAGCAUCAACGGAGACAAGGAGUUUCUGGAGGAUGUCCAGAAAGUUACCCCUUACCCUUUGACCCCUGUCAUCGCUGUGGCCAUCAGCCAGUCGGAUGAAGGUGAGGAGGCGGGGCCGCUGCCAGUCAAGGUGGACCUGAACAAGACCGUUCUCUGAAGGGCCAGUGGGGUUGGUCCUCGGGUGGCUGGGGGUGGUAGUUUCUAAAGCUCUCUCACUUUUUUUUGUUUCAUAGUCAGGGAGAGGAAAAAACCACAAACACACAAACAAAAAAUUUUUAAAAACGCAUGGCACCAUUCAUUCACUUCUGUUAAUGGUUACGUCCUGUCUGAGUUUUUUCUCUAGAGUUCGCCGAUCGCAGAGUUAAAGCCUCUGAUAUAUGAAGGGGAGGCUCGUCUCCAUUAGUAGAAUACAGAUUUUCACACAUCACAGUCCUAAACCUGACCGGGAGGAUGAACAGCAUAUUGGAAACCAGAAUCUGCCACACUAUUCCUGUAACAAUGAGAUUAUGCUGGAUAAUAGACACAUAGGCUUGUUUAUUGGACAAUGCAUCACAAAACUGCUGGAGGCCAAGCGAAUUAAACACAGCAGAAGACUUUCCAAUACUGUGUUUUCAUGUACAUGUCCAUGAAAAGUAGUCAUAGAUACUCCAGACAAAGGUGAUUAUUAAUUGGUGAUACACUAACAUAUAUGUGAAAUUGCUGAGUGAUUCAUUGUGCUAAUGAAAUCAUAAAAUAGUUCAGAGUGAAAGGAAUCCGAAGUGGGGCUCUGAAUUAUUAUGCAAUUGGUCUGAUAACCCAGUGUCCCUGUCGGUAAUCAGUAAUUUGGGCAUUGUGUGGUAUAUCCUCUUUGUAACCCUGUUUGGAAGUAGGUGCAUUCUAAACUGAGCCCAUUUUUGUAUCGCACUUUACUGUACUGGCAGGAUUUUUAGUGGGUUUCUCCCUUAAUUCCCUUUCAUGUUUGUUAUAGUUUUCCUGACUUGGCAAAAAAGGAGGCCUGUUACCAGAUUUUUUUCAAGAAAUGUUAAUAGUUUUGUGACUUUUGAACACCCCAAGCCACCCUAGUCACGGUGCUGGGAUGCUAAACAUAACUGGAUCUGAAAUACUGGCCAUGUACCACCCCUUAGGAACUUUCAGUGGCACUUAUUUAUUUAUUUAUUUAUUCACUUAUUUAUUCAUGAUCAAUAACAUUGAAGUUCUGGUUUUCAAGAUGUCAGUUAGGUGCACAAAAAUCCAUUAAUAUGCUACGUAUAUAUUGGAAAUCUGUACCAUUGGUGAUAUUACUCUCAGUUUUCCACAAGUAAUGAAAUGAGUGGCAAAGUGUCCAUAGCAAUUGUGACAGUGUAUAAACAGAAAGGGAUUGAACAGGGAGAGGAAUACUACUUUUGUUUUUGUUUCGCUUGUAGAUGGACCAUAGAUAAUUUUAGACAUUUUUAUAACAGCUUGCUUAUGUUCCAUUGAAAAGAAAACCAAUGUCAUGCAUUACACAAGGCUUUUAAUAUAGAUUUAUUAAUACACACAGUAAAUUCUAAGCUCAGCAAUCCUUGCUUUUGUAAUCAGGUCAAAGUAUUGAUAAGUUUAAGGUUAUUUUCAGUGCUGUUUAUGUCUGGUAAGGCUAUAUCUUCCUUCUGGUUUUAUUUCAUUUCUCAGUGUCCAGCAACAAUGCAUGCUUGUAUGUUACAACAGUUUAGAUCUACAACACAUUUCAGAAUGGCAGGAAACUUGUAGACUUGUGAUUGUGUGUUUCUGCUAUUUAAAUGUUGAAUAGAUAAUGUAAUAAUCAUAUACUUUUCUAAAAAACAAAAAGAGAAAUCUAUCUGAAAGCCAUUCAUUGUCAGUACUGGUCCAAAACAAGGUCAUAUUUUCUGUUGA